CACGUCGAGUUGAGUAAAUUGCGAAAUCAUUGUCAGUAUUUAUUUGGCGCAAACCACUGACAGUUCAUUAAAACAUUUUACUCAAAGACACGACACCUCGAGAUACCAAUAUACCUAUUCCUACGCAAAAGCAGUUUGAUCAAUAUUCGAUUGGAAUUAGAAUAGUAGCAGCCAUUAAAUUUAUCAGGAGGAAAAGACAUUACAAGUUAUAAAUAUUGGAAGAAAACGAUGUCCGAUAACACGGCCUCGUCUAGCGCAACGACUUCACCAAAGUAUUGCAACUGCUGUAAAAGCGAGAAUUGCCGCGGAAGGGCUUUAGCUGCUUGGGGCUUCAAGAUGGUGACCAUAAUUGCCGAUUGGUUCAAACGAACCUUCCCAUCGACAUUCAAUAAAAUGCUCGAAGGGAUGAAAGCAGACAAAAACGAAGAAUGUCGCCAAACUUUCGCAAAGAUAUUCAGUCUCUCCGACUCGCAAUUACCAUGGAAGCAAGAUGCUGCCGAAACGGAUACUGAAACCAAACAACCUCCGGAAUCUCCCGAAUUCAAAAGAUCGCACGCCUACACUGGGGGUUUCUCCGAGGAGGAGCAAACGGCCAAAGCCUUGGAGGAGAGCAUCAAAGAACACCAAGAAGCCAACUUGCUCUACCGACACCUUGCCACAGCCCCGCCAAGCGAGCCACCUUCCUACGACUCCAUCUACAGCGACCAGGGUGGCAUCCCCGCAGCCUACAUCCCCCCGGCGCCACCAAGCACCAACAGAGAGGAGACCGAGGAAGUCAUUCGGCAGAGGAGACUCUACCCACAACUGUAGAAUUUUUGUGUUCAAAGCAGCUCAUUCAGUCAAUUCUGGUUGACGGGAUAAGCUGAUAGACCCUCGAAUAUGCGUAUAUACUACAGUGGAACCUCCCUUAGCGGACACCUCUCUAUUAAGGACACUAGUUUCGGUACCAAAUCGGUUGUUUCCAUUUGACCUUUCUAAUCAGGACACCUCUCUAAUAAGGACAGCACUUGUCAGUCCCGAGGGUUUCCUCAAUAGAGAGGUUCUACUGUACUUGUAUUUCGUUUUUACUCAGCCUUCACUUGAAGGGAAGAUUGAGCAGAUCUCAUUUCAUUUUCACUUCAUAAUUUUUUCUUUAUGCCAUCUUGGGGCACUGACCAGGGUAGCCAUGCACUUUGAGAGUUUAACAUUUCAAGAUUGUUCUCAGUUUUUCCAACACAGCAGUCUAUGUGUUGUUUGGCGUUCUGGUUUCUCCACAGAGGUUGUGGGCUUUUAUUUCAAGGAGGAAAUUCUGGUAAAAGGUGAAAUUAAUAUCACAGCAGAACCUCCCUUAGUGGACACCUCUCUAAUAAGGACAACCUCCCCACUAAGGACACUAGUUUUAGGGCCAAAUUGGUUGUUUCCAUUCAAUUUGACCUCUCAAAUCAGGACACCUCUCUAUUAAUGACAGCAAUUGUCAGUCCUGUGGGUGUCCCUUAUAGAAAGGUUCUUCUGUACAAGAAAUUUUUUGUUAUUGUGGCUUUUUGGCGCUCCUUGUAUAAUAUUACAAAAUUAUUAUCACCAAAACAUCAAAAACACACAUUACCUCAAAUGUGUAUUUGAUAACAUGCAUAAUACAGUGGAAUUUUGUUUUCAUUUCCAUCUCUUGUAAAUACUUUUUUGGAAUUAUAUAGUAACAGUAUGUCUCAAA